AUGGCUCACGGGGUAAAUAGCUCUGUUUUCAACGUCAGUUACGGCCCUGUCGAUGUCCUUGCCAACCCUGGAUCUGCAGACGUUUGGGCGCUCAAACACGGCGGCUUCGACCAAGCUUUCACAAUCAAGCUGCCAGACGACGGCGAAUACGGUUAUUUGCUCCCUGCCAAUAUGAUCAAGCCUACUGCCGAUGAAUAUGUCGCAUCGUUAGUGGCUGUUCUUUUUCUCAUUUCCUAG